GCGGCCGGAGCGGCGCAGUGCCCCCCGGGUGCCGCCCUCGUCGCGGGCUCCAUGUGUGCCCCCGGCCUGUGCCCGCGCGGCCCCAUGCUGCCCAGAGCCGCCGCCGCGCGCCACCGGCCAUGAACGCCACGUCCAACCGGAGCGCGGAGGAGCCCGCGGUGCUGCCCACCUUCUCGGCUGCCGCCGCGGUGCGCGUGGCCGUCACCUGCCUCCUCUUCCUCUCCUCCGUCACCUGCAACGGCGCCGUGCUCUGGUCGGUGGCCCGCGCCCCGCAACGGCGCCCGCCGCGCGUCCGGGUCCUGGUGGCCAACCUGGCGGCGGCCGAUCUGCUGGUGACGGUGGUGGUGAUGCCGUUGGACGCGGCGUGGAACGUCACCGUGCAGUGGUACGGCGGUGACGCGGCGUGCCGGGCGUUGAUGUUCCUCAAGUUGGCCGCCAUGUACGCCUCGGCCUUCGUCACCGUGGUCAUCGCCUUGGACCGGCACGCCGCCAUCGUCAGGCCCUUGGCGGGGGCUCGCGCCGAGAGGAGGAACAAGGGGAUGCUGUGCGCGGCGUGGGCGCUCAGCGCCGUCCUGGCGCUGCCGCAGGCCUUCGUCUUCCGCACGGUGAGCCGGUCGCGCCCCCGCCGCUUCGUGCAGUGCGCCACGGUGGGCAGCUUCGGUGCCCACUGGCACGAGACCCUCUACAACCUCUUCACCUUCUCCUGCCUCUUCCUGCUGCCCCUGCUCGUCAUGGUCCUCUGCUACGGCCGCAUCCUCGCCGCCAUCUCCCGACGGAUGAAGGACGCCGGCGCCUCAUCCUCGCCGCGGCUCCAGCUCCGACGCUCCUCCAACAACAUCCCUCGCGCCCGGCUGCGCACGUUGAAGAUGUCCAUCGCCAUCGUCCUCACCUUCAUCGUCUGCUGGACGCCAUACUACCUCCUGGGCCUCUGGUAUUGGUUCUCCCCGGAGAUGCUGACGCGGGAGAAGGUGCCGCCGGCCCUCAGCCACAUCCUCUUCCUCUUCGGCCUCUUCAACACGUGUCUGGACCCGUUGGUCUACGGGCUGUUCACGGCGCGGUGCCGCCGGGACUUGGGCCGCGGUUGCCGCCGCGAGCAGGAAGGCGCUUCCACCCUCAGCGCGUCCUUCCGCGUCUCCACCACGGCCGCGCCGAGCAGGAGAACCGGGAAUCACCGGGAGGGAUGUGGGAAGCAGGACCCGGAGGGGACGGCGGGCGCCGGGAGGCGCGAGCUGUGCCGCAGGCCCGUGGCCGAGAGCUUUAUGUGACCCCCAAGUGUGGGGCGGGGGAACACCGGGGCAAAAUAAAUCCCAAGGAUUUUGGCAGCCGGAGCCUGUCCUGCACUCAGGGUGUGGUUUAACCGGAGGCGGCACCGCGGCAUCGCCGGCAGAAAGGCACGAGCAACGCCGCCCGGGUGGGGCAGAGCAGAAAAUCGGGGCAAAAAUCCCUUUAAAAGGGGAUUUGGGGGCAAAAAAAGUAGAUUUUUCCA